GAAAGCUUCUCAUAUGUGCCUGCGGCACUACCGCAAGCAAGUUUUUCGUUGCACUUGUACAUAAAGUGCACUUAUGCAUACGACAAUAAACUCGACUUUGACAAUAUAUAACAUGGGGACAAAUACGGGCGAAUGUUUCACAGGUUUUGUGGGGUGGCUUUAUGCCGUCAAAAGAGGCAGGGAAGUUUAAAUGUUCAACAGGAAAGUUCCGCUCUUCUAUUUCACUGCCAGCGGCUCUAGUAGAGCAGGUCGAGUGCUGAAGGGUCUCUCGCCAGGAUGCGGAUCGAUGUGCUCUGUGCGCGAUCGCUCAGGUCUGCCGGGAGCUCGCUGUUGUUUUCCGAUCAAUAUGGCGGCUGUCGGCGGGGACUGGCGCUCGGGAGCGACGGCUUCACGAAUUAUAUACAGAUGAAAUCAACUGGCUGAAGAAUUUUGGUUUGCCAAAUGCUUACACUAUCAAACGAUAUUUUAAAUUUCAACUCCAGUCAUGGCAUAUGAUGAAGCACUCAGAAAGAAAGAAGAUUGUAUAGUGGGUGAAAGCGGAAUUGAAGAGGUGGGUCUGGCAGCAGGCAGAAGCCAACGAGAGAAGAAGCGCUCGUAUAAAGAUUUGCUGAAAGAAGAGGAGGAAAUAGAUGCAGAAGUCCGAAACUCAGCCAAAAAGAAAGCGAAGGAGAUUGAAGAUUUCCUUUUGGGUGCUGACUUUCAUAAGAAAAAGAAGAAAUUACACCAUUUAACAGGAGAAGAGUUCUACUAUGGAGAGCUGUCACCUAUGGAACCUGUAAAGAAGAAAAAGAAAGUUGAUGGUCAACAGACUGACACUGCCAUGGGUCUUUUGAAGGCUAUAACCUCACCUGUAUCUGCAGUUGCAAAGCCUUCUAAAAAAGUUGAGAAACCAAUUUCUGCUUUUGGCUCACCAUCCUACCCUCCUUUUUACACUGAGAAUAAGAAGGAACAUAAGAAAAAAGCUGCCAGUACAGAUCCCGAGGAUCUCUCUGAAGAAGGAAGCUCCCACAAAUCAAAGAAGAUGAAGCCACUUUUUGUAAAUACAGACGCUGUGACUGUGCGUGAGGGAGAGGGUUUAAAAAUGAAACUCCUCCUCUCGCCUAAGGAAAAGUCGGGCAUGGAUGAUGAGGCAUUCAAUUUUGCAGGGACAUCAAAUCUAAAGAAAUCAUCAAAAAAGGGAAGUAGGGAGGAACAUGGCACUUUCCUCUCUGCCCUCGACACCCACGGUUUGCCAAAGCCAUCAGCUGUUCGUAAAAAACACAAGUCAGAGUCUCGGGUUACUGAGGGCUUUGACUCUGCAUCGCACUUCUACCCUGAAGUUCAUGCCAGUAACCUUUCCGAUUAUGAGUUCACGGGUUUGGAGACAUUGGAGUCUGCAACGUCCUCUGGUGGGGAGCUUGAGGCUGGAGAGCUAGUUAUUGACGAUUCUUUCCGAGAAAUGAAAAAGAAAAAGAAAAAAGACAAAAAAAGCAAAAAAAAGAAGGACAAGGACAAGCACAAAGAAAAGAAACAUUCAAAAUCUAAGAAGCUGCUGGUUCAUGGCUCAGGGAAGGCCAUGUCACCCAAUAAGUGUUGUUAUUCACCUCAGCCGUCUGUAACCACACCUUAUGCACACCCACCUUCUCUAUUCCAUAUGGAAGGACAGACUGAGAAAAAGAAAAAAAAGGAAGAAAAAGACAAAGAAAAGGUUGAAAAACCUGAAAAGAAGAAAAAGAAUAUAUCUGCUUAUCAGCUGUUUUGCAAGGAGUACCGGAUUAAUAUUAUUGCUGAGCAUCCAGGAAUAGAUUUUGGUGAACUUAGCAAGAAGCUGGCCGAGGUAUGGAAACAGCUUCCUGACAAGGAUAAACAGGUAUGGAAACAGAGGUGCCAAUACUUGCAGCACAAGCAGAACAAAGCCGAGGCUAUGACAGUGAAAAGGAAGCUCUCAGAUUCACUGGAAGAGGCAGCUGUUAAACAGAAAGGCAAGCAGAACUCAUCGUCGUUGUCUGGUAUGGUGACACCUCAGAAGAGGUCAGCCCUUUCAGUCACAUUUGGAGGCAGCAGUCAGUCCUCUCCAGUUAAAAUGCCAGAUGCGGACCCAAUUGAUGUUGCAGCGCACUUGCAGCUUCUGGGAGAAUCACUGAGCCUCAUCGGCCACCGACUGCAAGAAACUGAGGGUAUGGUGGCAGUGUCUGGGAGUCUCUCUGUCUUGCUGGAUUCCAUAAUCUGUGCACUGGGUCCAUUAACUUGCCUCACAGCACAGGUUGAUCAUCUUAAUGGCUGUCCAAAAGAAACUCUUGCUCACACACUGGAUAACAUUGCUUAUAUCAUGCCAGGACUUUGACCUUGAGAGAUGUUUGGGACUGGAUCAAUAGCAGAAAACUGAAUAUAUUGUAGAUAAAGAUUGUUCACUGCUGAAUAGCAUGUUUGAAUUGUACCCUUUCCUAUAGUACUGUAAUUAUUGUUAAAUGUUGUAAAAAAACCUGCUUUGAAAUAGUUGAGACAAGACAAGCCCAGGAGCAUGCUGGGAAGAAGGUGCAUUUCUUGAAGGGAUCAUUGAGUUUAACGUUGAUCUACCAGGGAUCACUAAUGCCAAAUAUGAACGCCAAUGCUGGACCACCUUCUGCUAAAACAUAAUUGUUUCCACGGGUAUGCAUCAUUUUGUAAGUUGGUAAUGCUAAAUGUAAAAAAAAAACACACCUCCAAUUCUGGAAUAGAAGAAAACACUGGAAACAUUUAACAGGUUAUUCACCAACUAAAGAACAAAGUAAGAGGGUGCUGUGAUGAAAGGUCACAGCUAAAGUGCCAAACCCACCUUUUGUUUCAGUUGAUGAGCAACCUGUUGUGGACUUGCAGUGUUUUGUAUUUUAUUUCAUUAUUUUAUAGCACUGAAAAUGCAGCUUCUCAAUGGUUCCUGCUCAUUCCUUGUGAUAAACGGCCUUCAAAUGGGCUCUGUUCAGUUGUCUUGUGGACUUGUCCUCUGGUAAAGUGCCCAUUGUGAAGGCAUUUAGCUGAGGAACAUAAUAUUCUGUGGAAUUACUAUUAUCCAUGACUGAUUUUACUACUUCAAAAUAAUUCUAAAACCUGAUUUGAGCAAGCUGAAUCCUGUAUAAUUGCGUCUGUCUAUCUUGCAUUUACUUGUGAAUCCUUGCCUCCUCCGGUCCUGUGCAACCUAACUAGAAUGAAAACAGCAAAUGAUGGAAAUUCUCAGCAGGUCAGGCAACAUCUGUGGAGAGAGGAGCAGAGUUAUCCAUUUCAGAUUGAUGAUCUUCUGUCAGAAUUUGACUGGUACCUGGUUCUGAAGUGUCUCAACAGUGAAUAUCAUAUUUGAUCUAAUCAAAUCUUUAGCAGUUUGCAAAUAUGCACUUCUCAGCUGGAUCAUUGGGUGGUGGUCAGGAGAGAGACUGUUGACCUUUUAGAGUAUUCCAUACUGCCUUUUGUGCCUAUAUAGCUCUCCGAAAGUGCUAUCCAAUCAUUCUGAUUCCCUUGUCCUUUUUCAUUGUCCAUAUCUUACCCUAUCAAAUUUUACUUUUCAAGCAGUAAAUACAGAUCUUCAAUCUGCUGAAUUAAAAAAAUUACUUUUAAUACCUUGCCAACUAUUUUCUGUCUGCAUUUACUAGUUGAUGUUUCUUAUGCUACUAGUAAUGUAUUUUAAUUUCACCAAUAAAAUUCAACUCUUCUGAUCCAAGGACAAUUCAAAAUUCUCAAGUUUUUCCAUAUGCUAAAGUACCACAUUCAGGCUCCUAUUCUAUUAAAUCUCUCUUCUAAAGUUUUUCUCCCCCUUCAACUGAGGGCCUUGUCAUCACCCUUGUUUUUUAAAAAUUUCUGUGUGAACAUUAUAGCACAUUAAAGAAGUGGCAUUAUAUAUUGUAUUUUCAGAAUAUCUUAGUAGCUCCAGUAAUAAAUAACCCAUUUCACUAAUUGGUGUUGUGUGCAGGACUAGGAGGUUCAGUGGGUUAAAUGCUGCUGUGACAACAUUCAGUAUUUUAUAAAUUUAUGAUAUUUCUCAAUUUAAAGUAGCUAUAUAUUUGCUGUGAUGCUCUGUAUUGGAAGGAAAGUAAUAAUAUUUCCUAUUUACUGUACAGUGUUCUUUCCUCCAAACUUUACUUUAGUAAGGUCAAUAUGUCUGAAACUUUUGUACAGCCUCUGUAGCCUAUAAACAACUAUAUAAAAGUCAUUAACCUUCAGCAUGGAAUUCAUCCCAUGUUGAAAAAGCUACACGCAUUGAGAGAUUGAUACAUUCAAAGCUCAUGAUUUUGUCCUUUGUAAUAAUUUAAAACAUCAAAAAUUGUGUUAAACAGGCUCUGAACUAUUUCAGUGAUUAGUACCAUUUGUAACAGUACUUAGUUAUUUAAUUUGUUUGCAAGCAACAUGAUUGUCCCACUGUAAAGCUUGGUAGUUUCCCAGUAUUUCCCUAACGGUUAUAUUACUUUAAAACCAUUAAUUGUUUCCCAACCCAAUGGAGGGAGUUGUGCUUGGAUAAGAUCAGUGAAACAGACCACAAAAGACCACCAGGGUCAAAUGUUAACUGAAGAAUUGUUGGCUGAACCACUAUCACUAUUUUCUACCAUAUCUUCAGUUAAUUCACAUUUUAAUGAGUGAUUUAAAAAAAAUUCUCCUUGUAAGCCAAAUUUUUCAUUUUCUCCCUCAAUGCAACCAGAUAGAUGAAUGCAUGUGACUGCAUGAGUCUCCCUAUAUGAAAAUGCUUGUGCUACAAGUUGAUUAGUAUAAUCACUUGCUUCCUGGGAAACAUUUUAAGGGAUUAAAUGCCAUUCUCAAUUUGAAGGUCUUUAAUAUUACUGUAAAAGAUGAAACUUUAAUUCUAGAAAUGUGGGAAUACAUCUGGCCUGAACUUGCUUAGGCUCACCUGUGAGAAGCUGGGUAUUUGUUGCGUCAAAUCCAUUUCAAUAAUAGUUAGUUGGAUGAAAAUACGAACCUAUCCAGUUUUUCCCUCAGUAGGUAUUUCCUGUAACUGAAGUGGCAUGAUUUGAAAAGCACUUUUGUGUGUGUGAAACAACUUGUUUUACUUCCUUUGUAGGUAAUUUUAUUUUCACAGAUUCAACUUGGAUGUAAAUUCAAUUAUGCUUUGCUGAGCUUUGAAGUAUUUUUGGUCAAUUAGUUUGGAGGGAUGUAGAAAUAAACAGGGGAUGUUCAUCCCCUGCUGUGCUACUUAAUUAUAUUGUGACAGAUCAGCAUCUUAGGUUCCAUCUGCAUGCCGUGGUUCAGUAACCAUUAGUACUCUUACAUAAUAAAGGUAUGUCAAUUUCAGUUCUGAAACUUAUAAUUAAUAUGUUUUGUGGGAAUGAGGGAGAGGCAGGAAGUUUCAGAUUCCUGUUUUAUUUUUUGUAAAGAAGUAUUUUAUGACAGUCCUAACUCUUAUUUUUAAAGCUGGGCCACCCCCCCCCCCCCACCUUACAUAUUCUAGUCGCUACUCUUACAACUUCCUUUUCUGCUUUCAGUGAAGUGCAAUGUGUCCUCUGUAAGCACAGUCAGGAGAUGGAGCAAGAGGUGACCCUUGAUAUCUAAUUGUCCACAGAUGAAGUAGCGCUUUCAAACUCUUCAUGAAAAGUGCCGUACAUUUACUCUGCUGUGCGGUAACACCAUCUACAAGCAACAAAUCCACAAUUCAAAUUACUUGCAUGCAUUAUUUUGAAGGCUUUUAACUUUCAGAGUACAAAGGAACUCCAUACCCCAGAAGUUGCAUUGCUGAGGAGGUACCAGUGUCCUAUUUCCCUUCUGUACAUAUCAAGGCUAAAUAAUCUUUUGGCUUAUUUAUUGUAGCACGUGCAUCUUUUACAUCCAACAAUUGUACCUUUAAUAAGUGAUGAGGUGUGUGAGACUAAAUGUAAUAGCAGUUAAUUUGCAAUACCUGGAACUUGCAGCGUAGAAGAAUCCAAACAGCGGAGGGCACCAGAUAAAGGGCUCCCCAUAACUCAACACGUCCAGAUAUUGAAAGUUCAGAAUGUGGCCUGUCAUCAAAUUAAUGAAAUAAAUUGGAGUGGAACAUUCAGUAAUGAAGAACAACUUUGAAAAUAAAAGAUAAUCAUCAUUUAACCCACUGAUAAGAAAUGGGAUCUGAGUGGGUGUUCUAGUGUUCUGUUCUAUUGGAGUUUACUUGCAAAUACUCUUCACAUUUCGGAUCAGAAUUUAGGGCUCAGCUCAAAUAAAAACCUCUUUGUCUGGCUAGCUAAAAUCAGACAACAGGGAAAGGAGAAAUGUUGAUUGAUACUAUCAGGCUAAAUCAAUAGAAGAGAUUUUUCGGAUGGUAUGUUUUGAAGCUGAGUAGGGAGAUAAUACCCCAUAUCCAAUCUGGGAAUUGUAACCUGCUGCUGGGUGAUAAAAACCUACUUCUCUGCUCAAAAAAAAAACCACACUGAAAUAAAACUAAAUAUGUAGCUUUCUAUCACCAGUCCUCACUAUGCAUAUCUCCCCCAGAAGAAACCACAUGAUAACAGUGAGAUUUGCUGAACUGAUUUUAUCUUUUGUAGACAUAUAAUUUGAUUGGUCAUAUUGGUUUGUUUUCUGAUACCACCAUUGAAUUGUAAGAUCUGUUUAUAUCCAGAACAAUUAUCUAGUACAGUCCUCCUAAUAAGUUGGGCAUUUCUCUUUUAAAGGUUUAUAUAUGUGUGUUUAUUGUAUCUUUUUUUUUUAAAAAAGCAAAGAUUUAGAAUAUUUGUUGUUUUUACUUUGAGCUUUUAUAAAAAGUUCUUCCCGGUCUUUCUUGAUUUGCACACAGUAAACUGUAGCUGUACUGUAUGCUAUAUAAAUAGAU